AUGGCACCUCGGCUGCUGCUCUUGCUGAUGCUGCUGAGCCGCGUCCCCGCCCAGGAGCUCAACCUGCGAGCCAUCGUGCACGGGAACUACAAUAUGACCAAGGUGGGUUUCAGGGUGUGGCAUGCUAUUUCCAUGGCCUCGGACGACAUGACUCGGAUCGGAGAAAACGGGGACCUGAGGGUCUUCAUCGAAAAAAUCGAAAGCUUGAAUGACGGUGGCCUGAAGUUCUCCUUCCACUUCAUGCUGCUCGGGGACUGCGUGGAGGCAGCCGUGGUCUGCCAGAAGACCGACAAGAAUGGGGAGCACAGCCUGGACUACAAGGGGAGCGGCAGGGUCCUGCUCUGGGAGACCGACUACAGGCUGUACGUCACCUUCUACAUCCGCAGUGUCAACAAUGGCACCGUGACGCAAGUGCUGGCACUUUACGGACGGUUUUCAGAUCUGGGCCCCAGCUUCCUGGCCCGAUUUGAAAAAAUCUGCAAGAGAUACGGAAUUGGGCCACAGAACAUCAUCGACCUGACCAGCCAAGCGCACCUGUACCACAAGGUUAUCAUCACAGGGAACGAAGGCGUGGACGCUACUCAGGGCACGUAUCACCAGUGUUGGCUCAGGACUGUCCCCGCCAUCAUGAUGGUGGAGAAUGAGCCCCACCAGCCCACCCGUGGGUCUGCGCCCGCCUAG